CUAAAAUGAAUGAAAGAUCCUACACAUACUAGCGUUUUGAGAGGUAGAGAUCAGUCUGAGCAGCAAGUAGCUCUCUUACCUUUUAUAAUAGUUUACUUGAAAGCGAUUAAAUAAGUAUAUCUUCUAGUCGUAUAUCAGGUCUAGUUAAGAAACUAGAAGAGACACAUUUAGAAUGGCUAGAUAGCUGGAAAUGGCCAGUUGGAAAAGGACAAAAAUCGCUCACGACGCCAGAGUCCGUGUUUGUGGAGAGAUGAAAUUGUCCAGGAGCGGAUCAGGUCUCCAGCCUCUCAAAGCUACUGUUCCCUUCACGCUGCACAAACCAGCUUCCGUCACAAAUAUCACUCCAGGUGAACAGACCAAAGCAGAGUGGCGUUUGCAGACUCCGAUCCAGCGCACAGUAUCUCUGGAUGCGACUGUGGGGCCGUACUUGCAAGGCCAAUGGCCCAAAGAGGAUGACAGACAUGGCAGGGAAGACAAAUCCACACAGACACCACACACAUGGUUAGGUGGAGAUGAAACAACAGCUGUUGGAUUUCACAAGCGUUCGGCAUCAUGGGGAAAUUCAGAACAUCUCCAGGAUGGAAGUGACGUGUGUGCAGAUUCAUCUAUUUUUAAGCUGAAACAACAACUACAACAGAAGAAAAGGUCAGGUGUUCUGGCUGGCAAUCAAGAGAAACUGCACAACCAGCGUCAGUCCCCUGCUCUUUUAAUCCCAUCUGCAUCACUGACUCGACUGCCGUCACGUCUGCGUCAAAGUGAAGAGAGACUAGAUCAGGAGCUGGAGAAAGUAUUCACACAUCACUCAUCAGUUCACCACUGUGGACUAUAUGAGGUUCCUGAUGGCCACAGGGCUCCUGUUCCUCACCUGAGCUCCAAGACGGGAUUUCAGAUUGGUUCUUCCUGUGUAGCUUCUCACUCUUCUUCUUCCCCAUCCACAUCUUGCUCUCCACAGCGCCAUCUAGAUUUCGAGAACUGUGAUAUGGCUCUGUCCUCAGUUGAAGAGGUCAACUCGUGUAUUGUGACGGUGUCCUCAUCACCACGGCCCAAUAACAGCUACAGCUUUCAGAGAGAUCCACCAGAAGGUUGUGAAAGAAUCCGAGUGUGUGAAGAGAACAUCCUUCCAUGUUUGGAUCAAGUGUAUGUGUCCACCUGUCCUGACCCCAACAAAGUGAACUUCACCACACACACAGGCUCAGCUUUCUGCCCUGUCAAUCUCCCCAAGCCCCUUAUACCUCCAGUGGACUUCCUGAUCUGCAGCCUCUCAGUUUCUCCAGGGUCCUGCUGGGUGGGACAGUGAUGAGUCAGUAAAACAAACAAACAAACAAAGAAACACCCCCAGUGAAAUCAGCAUCUGCGUGGGAGAAAUAGAAUGUGAUUCUCUUUAAAAACAAUCAGU